UUUUGCAGGUAAUAAUGAGCAACUAUUCUACAAACGGAUCAAGAAAAAUAAGAAUUAGCAACAGCGACGAUGAUAGCAGGGAGACUCGCUUUUCGAUUCAGCCAAGAAAUUCUCAUAAAACAAAAGAGGAAAGAUAUCGAGACAAGGAAAAGGAGCGUGAUCAUGAAAGGCAUCACGAUAGGGAAAGAAGAGACGAUCGAUAUAGGAAAGUUGACUCCAGGGAUCAUCGAGACAGAAAUCGGCGAUCACCAGCGGGCAGCCGAACUUAUUGCCGAGAUGAGCCGGAUCGACGUCGAAACAACCAUAGUGACAGAAACCGUCGUGACAGAUCUUCGGAACGUGACCGUGACAAUCGAAGUUCCAAAUCUAAGACAAAAUCGCCAGAUAGCUUACGAUCAAAGUCUUCAAGAAAGUCGCAAACACCAAACCACUUGCCGGAUGAUGGAAAACUUUUUGACAGAAUUCUCGACCCAAAUUACAAAAAGAAAGAGAAGACCGUCAUGGAGGUUGAAGACGUUGAGAUGUCUCCCGUAGAAAUGCUAGAUGAAGAGGAGGUGUCUACCUUCACGUUUGAUGAUGCCUGUGGCCCAGUGAGACCUUCAAAUGAGCCUGAAGAAAAAGACUACAAAUCGGAGGGUGACCCAGAAUCGAGACCCGCGACCCCAAAAACUCCAUUAACACCAGAUUAUUUGGAAAACACAAUUGUUUCAUUGAAUGAGACAUUAUCAGACGACGAAGAUAAAGGACCAGAUGACAAAUAUGGCAAAACUCCAGACAAAGAACAGUGGGAGUCUAUGACUGAGAAUGAACAAAAGUUGCACCGAGACGCAAUGAAGAAACGUCGAGAACAGCGCCAUCGUGAAGCAGUCUCCAAACUACCGGUGUACUAUCCAGGAUUGAGAGGAUGUCAGCAUAUUUCUGAAUAUGUGAUCCUAAAUGUCAUUGCAGAAGGUACUUAUGGAGAAGUUUUUCGUGGUAAAAAUACAAGGACGGAUGAAGUUGUUGCGUUGAAAAGAUUCAAAAUGGAAAAGGAAAAGGAAGGGUUCCCAAUUACUGCACUCCGAGAGAUCAAUAUGCUACUCAAAGCGGGUGCUCAUGAAAAUAUUGUGAACGUCAAGGAGAUACUCGUUGGAAGUACCAAGACUGAAGUUUAUAUGGCAAUGGAGUAUGUGGAGCACGACGUGAAAAGCUUGAUUGAUAAGAUGCGCUCGAGAAAUCAACGAUUCAAGACUGGACAACAGAAAACUUUGAUGUCUCAGUUGCUCUCAGGAAUUGAGCAUAUGCACAAACUAUGGAUUCUUCAUCGUGAUCUUAAAACUUCCAAUCUCUUGAUUUCUCAUUCCGGCAUUUUGAAAAUCGCCGAUUUCGGACUGGCACGUGAAUACGGAGAGGCACGAGACAUUGAAAAACGCAUGAAGCUCACUCCCAUUGUUGUCACUCUUUGGUACAGGUCACCAGAGCUUCUUUUGGAGCCAAAAACAUACUCAACACCAGUCGACAUGUGGUCUAUUGGAUGCAUCAUGGCCGAAUUUAUUAUGAUGAAGCCAAUGUUUCAAGGGGAUAGUGAGCCUAAUCAAGUGCACCAAAUUUUUCAAAUGAUGGGAACUCCAACGGAACAAAUUUGGCCGGACAUUAAAGAACUGAAAGUAUGGAAUAUGGUUGAGUUUCCACCAGUAAAACCUGGUCAGCUGAGGAGAAUCUUCAAAGGAGAAAAGUUAGUGAAUGAAACUGGAUUUGAUCUUUUGAAUGGAAUGCUCUGUCUGAAUCCAGCAAAUCGAUUGACUGCAUCCGAAGCUCUUCAACAUGACUGGUUCAGUGAACACCCGAAAGCUGUUCCUCCAGAGGACCUUCCCGUGUACCCAGCAAAGAGUGAGUUGAAUGCGGCGCCUCCUGAGAACCGAAGGAAAAAUAGACUAGAAGCAUUGUUGGCUGAUGAAGAACCGGAACGAGCAGCGCUUUUACGUCAGUUCAACGUGAAAGCCGAGCAGCUGAAGCCAAGUGGAUUUCAGCUUAGAGGCUAAAUUUUUAGAUUAAUAAAGGACUACAAAAAAAGAAUACAAAGUCUUUUGACAAUUGAAUUUUAUACUGAGGCUAUUGAAAGCUCUCCAAAAUUUUUUAUGGCGAUUCCAAGUUUUAAGAAAAAGUGCUCCAGUUAAAAUCUCCAUUUUUGUUUUAUAUUCAUAAUUUUUUGUACAUCACUCUCUCACUUCUCCACCAUCCAUUGUUUUUGUCAUUGUUUUUGCCAAUUUUGUCAUUGAUCUUUUCUUAACUAGUCACUAUGAUCUUUUUUGUGUUUACUAGUAUCAUAUCUUCAAAGUAGUAAAUGUGAUAAGGUAUGAAUAAUUGUAAUUUAGACGUAAAAUAAAGAUAACGUUUAUUGAAAAACAA